UUUUGCACAUUCAGUUUCUUGUCACACAAGAGAACUGGGAUAGAUUACAAAAUAUAUUUACUAUAUAAUUGUACCCUUCAGACGUUUCUGCUGCGGUUCCUCGUUUAAUUGUGUUUGAAUGAUCAUGCAAACAUCGUCUAGAAACUCGCACAGUGCCUCCGAUGGAUAAUUAAGUGAUCUUCUGGUAUAAUCUCUUUCUAAUAUAUAAUCUUUAUUACUCGGAGGCGACGUGCUUACCAGAUGCAUUCGGCAAGUAUGGCAUUUUGUUGUAAAGUUUUUUUUAACUAUAUAGCCAGCAACAUAUCUUUUUGCCUCUUUACUGGUUGAGUUCCUAAAAUUUUCAGUAUCUGCUUGCAUGAAGUAGUUAAUUACAGAAUCCACAUUAACAGAGUCUGAGGGUUGUUCUCUUGCGUUCUUUUCUUUUAAAUUUACCAAUAUUUUUAAUGGCUUUAAUACCUUAUUAUUAUCUUGCUCGCAGUUCCUGAGACUUGGUACUUGUUCAAAUUUCGUCACAAUCGUUCCAUCCUGUAACUUUUUCUCCACUUUAAAUCUCAUUGAUCUUAAAACUGCAAGUAAAUCGUCCCACAAUUUAAAAUGUGGCGAGUUCUGUCUUAGUGCACACAAAAUGGGUUGUUGAAUGUGGCUCAGACCACUGUUUCAAGGGCUGUGAGAGAAAUGACUGAGGCACUCAACGACCCACACAUAUUUAGGGAUAAUGUGGUCUGGCCGCUGCAAAUUCAAGAUUGAAACAGAAUAAAGGCACAGUGAGUAGAAUAAAAUUGAGUUUUAAAUGGUCGUCAGAGGUGUCAUUGGGUUUAUUACAACUUAAGUUGUAUUUUAUGUUAUAGGUUCUUAAAGUUUGGGAUUCCUGGAGUGUUGGGCUGUACAGAUGGCACCCACAUAGCUAUCCUGAGACCUGCCAUCCAUGAAGAGCGGUACUUUAAUCGGACGGGGUACCAUUCACUAAAUGUUAUGAUUGUGUGUUAAGAUUAUUAUUCAUCCCAAUAAUUAUUAACUUAGACAUCUUUUGAAAACUAUAUUCAUAACUUAACAUAUAAUCUUUUUCAGAUUUUUGAUGCUGAUUUAAAUAUUAUGUGUGUGGAUGCGAGCAGCCCUGGGUCAGCCCAUGACUCUAGCGUGUGGCAGAGUCAUCCCAUAUGUAAUAAAAUAAAAGAGUUGUCUAAUGCUGGGGAGCAGAUGUUUUUAUUGAGUGAUAGUGGAUAUCCACUGCGGGUUUAUAUGAUGACCCCAAUAUUAAAGACUAUGGAAGGCACUCCUGAACAUAAUUACUACAAGUUACACGUAACGGCACGCAACACCGUAGAGCGCUGUAUUGGAGUACUGAAAGCUCGAUUCAGGUGCCUAAUAGCUGAUCGAGCCCUCCACUACGAUCCAAUAACUGCUGGGAAAAUAAUAAACGCUUGCUGCGUCUUGCACAAUAUUGCUAACAAAAGACGACUGCCAAUAGCACUACUUACACUUGCAGAACAAGACUUUGUGCAGAGGAGACAGCCAAUUCAAAUAGAAAUUGGUGCAGAAGACUCCAGUCGGCAGUUCAAUCCUCCGCCUGCAACGGGCGCUUGUUGAGAAGUUGUGGAGGGAACGAUUUUCUUGAUUUUUUUUUUAUAUUUACAUCUUUUUUUCAUUUUACACAGCAUUGCAAUUAUUAUUUAACCUUAUUAAUAUUAUAAAUAUAAACGUUA